AUGCUGUUUAUAUUUAUAUUUAAUUCGAAUUUUGCAACUCUUUUCGCAGAACUGUCCACUGCGCUGCGUGAUGUGCGGGUGCGAGUGCCGCACGCGGUGAGGCGCGGGGAGAAGGCGGUGCUCAAAUGCUUCUAUGACAUCGAGGAUGACAGCUUGUACUCGGUUAAAUGGUACAAGGGCAGGCGAGAGUUCUACAGAUACACACCCAAAGAAACGCCACCGAUGAAGGUUUUUCAUUUUCCCGGAGUUAAAGUCAGGCGCGCAUCCUCGAACGAGAGCCAAGUGGUGCUCGAUGCGGUAACAAUGCCAACAUCCGGUAAAUACAGUUGCGAAGUAUCUGCGGAUGCGCCCUCAUUUCAUACAUUAAUAGCGGCCGCCGAAUUGGAAGUUAUUGAGACGCCGCACAAUGCACCAUUCAUAACCGGAAUCCGGCCCAGAUAUCGGGUCGGCGACAUAUUGCGGGGCAAUUGCACAUCGCGACAUUCCCGGCCGGCGGCCAAUCUCACAUGGACGGUGAAUAAUGAAGAGGUAAAUCCCUCACAUGUGCGACAUCAUAAAAUAUUGCGGGAUGCGCGCAACGAUAUGGAAACUGCAAUUGUGGGCAUUCAUUUCGUGGUUACCGAUCAGCACUUUGAUAAUGGCAAACUAAAGCUCCGCUGCAGUGCUCAGCUGCAUGAUGUGUAUUGGAAGACGACGGAGAAGAACAUAUUGGAGGCGGAUCCGUUUGGCAAAUAUGGCGGCAAUGGGGCCAGCGGGAAUCGCGUGAGUGCCGAUGAGAUAUAUGACCAGUACACGCUGCACGACGAUGAACAAUUUCACAGCAAGAAGAACAGCUACCUGACACAGCUGCAGGGCGAAGAAGACGAUGUCGCCGACGGUUUAGAGGAUGGCGGCGCGGCCUGGCGCGGCGUCAGCUCGUCGGCGGCCAGUCUCCAAGCUGUGGCAGCGAAUGCUGCAACUGCAACUGGAACGCUGUUGGCGCUGCUCAGCUGGUCGCUGGCCGGGCAAUUAGUGUCGCAGCUGUUGGAGAUUACAAAGUACAGGCCCAUGCGGGAAGGCAUAUACAAAACGCAGCAGCAGCAGCAGCAGCAGCAGGUGGACGAGCCGGAGCAGAGGCAACGCCUGCGGGCGCACAGCGGCAGCAGCAUUAGCAAAGGAUGCAGCAUAUGCAGCAGGCAAUUAACAUGAUUCAAUUGUCACGCAACUCUUGUGCCACACUUCAGGGAGGGUCAAAAGGCAGCGGGCGGAGAUGCACCAGCGGCAACAGCAGCAGCAGCAGAGGCAGGCAGCAAAGUAGGCUUCAGCCCUAGGCAACAGCAAGUAACUGCUAAAUGUAUCUAAAAUAUUUACACCCAAAUACACAGACACCAGUUUCAGCUAGCUCAAAGUAACUUCAAAGGCAUUUAACACUAACAGACAAAAUUGUGCAGCUACAUUUUUAUUCAUUUUCUUCACAAAACCUAACAAAAAAAAACAAACAUUUAUCGAUAGGUUUCGAUAAGCAAACUGAUUGUUUUCUUU